AUGAUCUUCCUUGAAUUGUAUUUAUCCGAUGCGCCAUUUUUGAGUAAAAAAUGUCUAACUUGCAAAAUUAUUAUUAGAGAGAUAUUGCAUAUGGACCUAAAUAAGGGUAUGCAUUAUUUAGGUGAACCUAAAUAAGUACAGUGGAAUUAGAGAUAUUGCACAUUUUUUGCUUGCAUAAUAUAGGUGGUUCGUAGUUGAAAUUCUACCAAAGGUGUGAGAAGUGAGAUUGUAAAAUGGAAGCUGAAUUGGAAGCAGUUAUAUUGGCAGGAGCAGAUGAGGAGGAAAUAGAACAUAUCAUCCUCCAUAAUAUAUUUAUUGAUAGAGGCAUUACUCAUAC